AUGAGCCCGCUACCCUCCUCGCCCCCGCCACAGCCCGCACAGGGUUCGAACCGGCGCCCACCCCUCCUCAGAGCACGCAGCGCCAAAUCGCACCUUCGCGCCGUGCGUCAGGAGGUGCCAGUGCCGCCCGGGCUGCAGAAUAACCCGAUGUACUCGUCGCCGAAGAGCAUCUUCAGGCGCAGCUACCCCCCACUCCAGCCCAGGCCGUCCAAGCGCGCAGACGACUGGCUCGGGGACCUCGUACCCGCGCCCUCGCAACCAUCGCCGUUGCACGGCCGGAUCCGAAGCGCCACGGUGCCGGUGACCAAGGAGAAGGCGGUACCGCACUCGCCGCCCAUUGCCGUCUGGCGCCCACCACUCAAACAAAACUGGUCAGAGAUCGCCCUGCCGCACGGCGAGCCCGCGUCGGCAUCUUUGACGUGCAAGGAGACAUAG